GGGCCAGCGGCAGCGGCGGGGGCGGUGGCGGCGGCGAUAGCGGCGAGAGCACGGAGCCCAUUCAUGAUCCAGCGAACGGGGCCGGUGGCGAGGAAAGCGGAACCGGUGCCCUGUAAAGCGGCGCCGGUACCGCCGUCAUGGAGACAUCGGGACAUCUCCACGAUUCGGGCGUGGGGGACUUGGAGGAGGAUGGUCGGUGUCCCUGCCCGCUGCCGGGGGACGAACGGUCCCCGCCGCCGCCCUCGGCGCUGCCUCCGCUCCAGCACAGCCUGUUGCACUCCUCGCCCGGGUCGCUACGGGCCCCUCCUCCUCCUCCCGCCGCCCCCGCCGCCCUCCACCCUUCCUCCCGCCACGGUAGCCAGCUCAACCUCGGCGACCACCCAGCGGGCUCUGGGGUGGCUAGCAGCAAGCACCGGCAGCCCAGCCCCUUGGUUCACCGGCGGGACAGCAACCCCUUCACCGAGAUUGCCAUGAGCUCCUGCAAGUACAGCGGAGGGGUGAUGAAGCCCCUCAGCCGGCUCAGCGCAUCCCGACGGAACCUCAUCGAGGCCGAGCCGGAGGCGCAGCCCCUGCAGCUCUUCGGUGCCGGUGAGCCCCCCGAAAUCGUUGUGUCCCGCGAGGACAACCACGCGCCCGCCACGCUCCGUCCCGCCCGCCCGCCCGCCCGCCCGGCUCCCAGCACCUUCGCCAAGGGCCCCAAGCGCAAGGCGCAGAACAUCGGCUACCGGCUCGGGCACCGCCGGGCGCUGUUCGAGAAGAGGAAGCGCCUCAGCGACUACGCGCUCAUCUUCGGCAUGUUCGGCAUUGUCGUCAUGGUCAUUGAGACCGAGCUCUCCUGGGGGCUCUACUCCAAGGACUCCAUGUUCUCCCUGGCCCUGAAAUGCCUUAUAAGCCUCUCCACUGUCAUCCUGCUGGGCCUCAUCAUCGCCUACCACACACGGGAGGUGCAGCUCUUUGUGAUCGACAACGGAGCUGAUGACUGGCGGAUAGCAAUGACCUACGAGCGCAUCCUCUACAUCAGCCUGGAGAUGCUGGUUUGUGCCAUACACCCCAUUCCUGGCGAGUACAAGUUUUUCUGGACAGCUCGCCUGGCUUUCUCCUACACACCUUCUCGGGCAGAGGCUGAUGUGGACAUCAUCCUGUCUAUCCCCAUGUUCCUGCGCCUCUACCUGAUUGCUCGGGUGAUGCUGCUGCACAGCAAGCUCUUCACCGACGCCUCCUCCCGCAGCAUUGGGGCCCUCAACAAGAUCAACUUCAACACCCGCUUUGUCAUGAAGACACUCAUGACCAUCUGCCCUGGGACCGUGCUGCUGGUGUUCAGCAUUUCCCUCUGGAUCAUCGCGGCGUGGACAGUCCGUGUGUGCGAGAGGUACCAUGACCAGCAGGAUGUGACCAGCAACUUCCUGGGUGCCAUGUGGCUCAUCUCCAUCACCUUCCUCUCCAUCGGCUAUGGUGACAUGGUCCCACACACCUACUGUGGGAAGGGGGUCUGCCUGCUCACUGGCAUCAUGGGUGCUGGAUGUACAGCACUGGUGGUGGCUGUGGUGGCCAGGAAGCUGGAGCUCACCAAAGCUGAGAAGCACGUCCACAACUUCAUGAUGGACACACAGCUGACGAAGCGGAUCAAGAAUGCAGCAGCCAACGUCCUGCGGGAAACGUGGCUUAUCUACAAGCACACCAAGCUCUUGAAGAAGAUCGACCAUGCUAAAGUCAGAAAGCACCAGAGGAAGUUCCUACAAGCCAUCCACCAGUUACGGAGCGUGAAGAUGGAGCAGAGGAAGCUGAGUGACCAAGCCAACACCCUUGUCGACCUCUCGAAGAUGCAGAACGUGAUGUACGACCUCAUCACGGAGCUAAACGACCGCAGUGAGGACCUGGAAAAGCAGCUCAGUGGCCUGGAAUCCAAGCUGGAGCAGCUCAGCGCCAGCUUCAACUCGCUGCCGCUGCUGAUGGCCGACAUGCUGCGCCAGCAGCAGCAGCGCCUGCUCUCCGCUGUCCUGGAGGCCCGGGGGGUGGCUGUGCCAGGGGGCACCCCCCAAACACCUCUGUCCGAGAGCCCCAUCGGGGUCAGCUCCACCUCCUUCCCCACCCCGUACACGAGCUCAAGCAGCUGCUAAACCGCAGCCCCUCAGCCCCAGCGUGGACGGGGGAAGCAUUUCCACACAGAUCAUGAGGUCUCUGUGAACUUUCUUCUGGUCCUUGAACCGCUGCAGGACCCUUCAGCUGGAGCCAGUGGGACCAGCAGUGCCGAGCCACGCUCGGAGCUUUGCCAACGCCUUGGUAUCGGGAAUCGCAUCCCCGUUCAGGUGCCUCUACACGUGGUGAAGGAAGGGGACGGAAGGUGAUGCCUUGGGCCAGCCUGUGCCGCGGCGUCCGGUGAGAGACGGAAAACCCACGCUCAAUCUCAGGUCUUCACAUUUGAAAACAAAACAAAGCAAAAUGAAACGAAACAGAACAAAACACCGAGUCAGAAGCACUGAAGCAACGGAGACACCAGAGGGAGAGCUUUUCUCCCUGGGGCCCUCCCCUCGCCCCCUGCCCCUCCCACGAUUGCCAAACCUCGCCAGGCAGAUGCCAGUGGGGGGGUUCGUUAUGCAGGCUCUGGCUGCCGCUGCCGAUGCUCCAUCCCAUCUCCUUGCCAGGAUCCACAGGACAGCCCCAUCACGCUGACAGCUGGGUGACAGUGCCUGGCUGUAACCUUCCUGGGGAGUUCUCUGGAGCUGUGAAUGUUUUCUACCCAGAGAAGAACAAUGGAUACUUCUUCUUUCUGGUCCUUAGUGUCAUAUCCUGGAGGCACGUGCCAGAGCCAGGAAAGCAGUGCCUACAGCGUGCAGGGCCACGCAGGGCUGCCCCCAGCCGUGGGGCUGGCAGGCCAGCCCGGGCGCUGAGGGGCCUCCAGGUGCUCACAUCACUGCCUGCUGGGAGCCUCCCAGCAUUUUGCAAAGCCAGUGGGCUCUUUGCAGCAGUCUCAGAAGUGCUGGAUGAACACCCCAUCAGCUGCAACUGUCUCCACUUGUGCUGGGAACAUCCGUGCUUGAGCCCAGUUGGCACCAGGAUCAAGCAGGAGCUCACUGGCAAGUGAUGUGGUAGCAGGGGCAGGUGCUUCAUCUGUUUAAAACAAAGCCCAUCGCCUUCAUGCCACUUCUGCUGGGUUUGGUGGAGGGCAGCAACACUCUCUGGCACCGUCUUGGCAAUGGCACUGCUGCCCAUGCCUGCCAAAGUGCAGCACCUCAGACUCCAUUAUACUUUUCUGCUGGUGUUCAGCUUCCUGAGGUACCCUUGGCAUCACUUGGCUGCUUCUGGAACCAGACACUUUCUGUUUUGCUUUCACCAUUUCUCCCUUUUUCCUCCUCAGUUCUUCCCCGGUGUCAUGUUCUGGCUUUUCUGGAUCCUUGCAUGGAGCUGCGCCAGGCUCUGAUUUUGGGGUUGGUGUUUGCUGCUUUCCAUGAAAACUCAGCAGAGAGUACUUAUAUAUUUUUAAACAGAUGAAGUAACUAUGUAAUUACUCUGCAAUAUUAAUUACACCUCACCCAGCAGUGUCAGUAAUUGUAAUCAGUCACUGUGUUACUCCAGGUAUACUCAGCCUGUAACGCUCUCCUCUGUAACUUUUUCCCUUCCAUAAACGAUGCUGGAUUUUGUGUGCACGUAGGGGUAGAGACACACCUCCCUCCUGCACCACCACCCCUACACCCCCAAUGCUGAAGAAUUUCUUUGCUGCCAGUGGUGUGAGGUGGUUUCUCUACUUGUGUCCUGCAGCUGGCAUUACAUAGAAAAAAGCAGUAGUUAGUGAGUACUGCCCCCAUGCUGGCCCUAGGAGGAGAAGGAGGAAGAAGAAGGCUGUGAGGCAACAGCAGGAGUGCUGCAAAAUGAGAUCCCUGUGCUGCAGAUGUGUUGGUAGCAGGGGACCAAACACGGUCAUCCCUGCUGCCUUCAGCAGGCACCUGCCCAUUGCUGCUGGUCCUUGGCCAGUGGGAGACACACGGCUUCUGGGAAAGAGCUGCUCUUCCAAGCACUUGUAAUAGUGUCAUUGAUACCCCAUGGAUGGCUGGGAAUUCACUGCUGCCUUGGAAGCCCCCCAUGAUCUAUUCUCAGCCCAGCUGCUGCUCCCCAUAUGUCUGUGGGUGCCCCCCUGUCCUCCUUGCCCAGCAGAAGCCCCUGCUUAUCUCUGCCAGGAGAUUCCCAGCACAGCAAUGGAGAAUAUAUCAGAAAUUGUGAGAAAGAGUCUGAAAUGCAGCAUUUUCCCUGGCCUGCAGGCAGCUACUGGAGAAAAAUGCUUCCUGAGCCUCAGAUAGGAUCAAACUGCCCAUGGACGGUGUGAAGAUGUGUCCUGGGGCAUCAGAGAGCCAGAGGAAGUAUUGAUUCUUAAAGAUCAAUAUUGCCAGCAGGAAUCCAGGAACCUCCCUGCCAGGCUCAUGACCAAGUCUGGAAAAUCCAACCAAGUGAGACAAGAGCAGGUGCUGUCAGCUCAAGGCUGGAGGUGGUAAGGAUCACAGUGAGCGUGCUGGGAUUGCAACUGGAGCAAGAGACCCUUGUUCCGGGCCAGAGCAGCUACUGCUGCAGUGGGAUUUCGACAGGGCUGGGGCAGUGGAUCCCUGCACACCCCACAACCUCCCUCUCCUGGCCUCACCUCAGCACAACCUGCACUGCAACAACCCUUCUGCCUGGGACCUGGCAGCCCAGGGUCUGCACCCUAUUCCUUGCACCCUGCAUCCCACACACACCCACACCCCUAUCCCACCCACUGCACCCCCCCUUCCACACCCCUAAAUCUCCAUCCCAAUCCCCAAGCCCCUAUCCCACCCUUUCACCCACACCCCUGCCAGUUCUUCAACACUGGUGCCAGUAGCCCUGAUCCAUGGCCAGCACCAAGACCAAACCCCCUCCAGCCCUGCUGCCAGGACCACAGAGCUGACCCAAAGCCACAGUGAGGGCAGGAAUGGUGUGGAGCCCCCAGCCCUGAUGGCAGCUCUUGGUCACCAGCAGCCUUGGCUGGCACAGCCCCAGUAAACAACUCCAGUAAAUGCUCCCCAGCCAGUCCUGUCCACACACCUGAGAUGAUCACUUUGGAUACCCUAAGGGACAUUGGGACAAACAGAGAAGAGCUGAGAUCACCAACCAAGGAGGAGGAGCAGCACAAGAGGAAAAGCGCAGAGAUGCCGAACUCCUGCAGCUGCCAAGCAUCUGAUCCCACAGUCAAUCCCCAAUGCCCCUCCAGGACCCACCUAACCCAGACAGCCCCAUUUUUGGCACAGUCUUGGGGGCUUUUUUUGCUCCACAACUCUCCUUCCUGCGCCACCUGCAAGGAACUGUCCUAGACAUACCAGAGAAAUUCCACGGUCUCUGCAAACUCAUGGAUGUUUCUGUCCAGACUUAAGGAGCUUUGACCUGGGUUUGCAUCUUGCCUCUGUACUGCUCGCUUCUUUUUUAAUGAUAGGGGAAAGCAUAAUAGUUUAUUUUAACUAUGAAAUAUAUUGCUAUAUUAUGAUGGUUAUGGUAAUUUCAAUUAUGGUUUUGUACCCAACACGGUUGUUAGCAGGCAGCAACGCCAGGCUGCUGCCAAAAAUGUCUGUUUCUGAGUACAGCUACUACUGCCAAUGAGGAUGGGAGACAGGCAGGCAGGGAGAGGUGCAGAACCCCAGUCAUUAUCCUUUAUCUCCCUUGUACUCUUUUACAUUACUUGGAAGCUGACCUCUAGCAGCUCUGGAUCUGUGUGCUGCCCAGCGGAACCAGAGCUUUGCUUCUCCCUAGAGGAAGGACAGACUCCCAUUUUUCCCAGGUUCUGGAAAGCCAUGCCCCCCAGAUUGUCUUCUCCAGCAGAAGGAGGGACUCUGCUCCCUGGGUUCUGCAAGAGUCAAACUUCCCCUUUUCCUCCAGGACAGAGGCUCUUGAGAAAGCAGAGGUGCAGAGCACAUUUUCAUAGAAUUAUGGAACCAUUAAGGUUGGAAAAGUCUUCUAAGAACAUCAAGUCUAACUAUUAGCCCAGCAUCACUGCUAACCCAUGUGCCUGAGUGCCACAUACACAAAUCUUCUAAAUUCCUCCAGGGAUGGGGACUCCACUAUUGUCCUGGGCAGGCUGUACCAGAGCAAGAAAUUUUUCCAAUAUCCAACCUAAACCUCCUCUGGCACAACUUUCAGCCAUUUUCUCUUGUCCUUUCACUUAUUACUUGGGAUAAGAGACUGGGACAUGUCCAGUUCACAUUUCACACCCUGCCCUGAGGAGCUGCAGCUUUUGCUAAACCUCAGAGAAUGAUGGCACAGGAGGACAAAACCCUGAGCAUGAAAGAGAAAUGAGACAAGGUUGCAGGGAUUGCUUUGUCUCAGCCUUCCAGCUGGGAACAGGCUGUCCAGGGUUGUGUCUGCCCCAUCCCUGGAGGUGUUCAAGGCCAGGUUAGAUGGGGCUUGGAGCAACCUGGUCUAGUGGAAGGUGUUCCAGCCCAUGGCAUGGGAUGGAACGAGAUGAGCUUUAAAUCUCUUCCAACCUGAACUACUCUGUGAUUCUGUGAUUCCAUGAUUCUGUGAUUCUAUGAGCUCCUUGAGCCCCAGAGAGCAUCACUUCCUUAUCUGCAGCCACUGAACUGCUGGACCUGAUCCCUAUUGGAUCACAAGUCUUAAACUGCUCUUUGGCACCCACACAUUGCCCUGGCCAGUCUUCACAGAGCAUGACAUGUCCAGGAAUGAGCAGCACCUAUGGGACCAAUUCCUGCUGCUUUUGUCCAGAGAAAGUCUAGAAGUUCCCACACUGGCCUUUCCUGAUCAGAGCUGCAGCCACUGCCAUGCUGUGACACCGUUACCACUGUCAGAGCUAUGCUGGUCUCACCCUAACAGGCCAGUCCAGCCUGGCAGAGCCCUAGCAGCCACGAGCUGCCAUGAGAUCUGGAUGCUCCUUGCUGGACCCCAGACCUGAAAUCUCCCUGCAGAAACCAGCUCUGAUGGAGGAAAGGAGCUGGUUGUUCUGAGAGGCUGGAGCUGAGCCUCUGCUGCUGCCAGCUAGGUCUGGGGCUGCCAGGGCAUCCCUGGUCCUCUGCACCACUCUCCCUUGGGCUUCUCCUGCCCAGCAUCUCCCAGGCAGCCAGAGCCCUGUGCCAUGGCCACCAGGUAUGUUUGGUGGGGGGCAGUGGUGGUGGUUGCUCAGCAGUUUGGCAAGAUUCUGCUGCCAGGCUCUGGACUGGUCUGAGCUUCUUCUCACCCAACUCCAAGCUCCCUCCUGAAAGGUACCCAAAGGGUUUGAGGUUAUAGAGAGGGGCUUUUGCAGGAAAGAGAAAAAGCUUCUCCGUGGCAUUAGUUAUUUCCCUAUGGGAUGAGCCACCUCAGAGCCUCAUGAGGCACCAGGCAGGGCUCCAGACCCCCUGCCCAGUGGGUGCUCUUGGCUGAGAGCCCUGGUGCUGUGGUGCUGCAGCACCAGAGCUCUGUGCCCCCAGCUCUGCUCCUUCUUCGCCCAAAGUGUUCUUCCCCCGCUGGGGUCUCGGCGCUGCCGUGCAGCCGCCAGCGGGAGCUGCUUGCAUGUCUCUGUGGUCAGGAUCCAGCCCUGGGCUCACAUUCCUUCUUUAGGGCCAGUCUUUCGGCUGGAGGACAAGAGUGGGGGCUGGCCAUGUCCCCACAGCGUUGCCAUAAACCCGAGCUGUACCCAGAAACAGGCAUGUUUUAAACUAUGGCUUUAACCUGUUCACUGUAAAAAGUGCCUUGGACUUUAAUCUGAAGAGGUCAGUAUCUAGAAGUAUUUACCUGUGCGGGUGUGUAAGGAUGCAGCUCUGUGCAGAGUUACACACACAAAUAUAUGAUCUAUACGUACAUCUA